UCUGAACCUGGCCAUGUGUGAAUGUUGCCGUAUCUACCACGGAAUAGUUCAUACAGCCACAGUUUGCGCUUUAUUCGUACGUAUUUGUGAAUACAGGUAUUAAAAUUUGGAUUAAAAGGCCGACUGUUCCUGUUUGGCAAAUUAUAUAUUUCGUGCACGGUUUCCUUAAAGUUAGUUUUACCAGAAUAUAUUGUGCCGCUUCGUGUUAGCUUCGCCAGUUCAGCUGAUGUGCCAGGGUGCAUCUUUUGGCAGAAGGAUCUCGAUAUGAUGUCUUAGCAUAACAUGCUUAAAGUCCGACCGCUGUUGAGUGCCUUAGUUAACCACACAUUGACGUUAAAGACAAAAGGUGGCCUUUAUAGACUGUGUAGCAUGAUGAGUGAAGCGUCAAAAGAUGAACACACAGCCAAGCUGAGGAAAAGAGCCAGUGAGGAAAAUGAAGACUCCGCCGAGAGGGUGCAGGCUGCAAAAAGAAUAAAAGCAGAGGGGGAAAACACUGAAGAUGAAAAGAAAUACCCUAAAAAGAAAGUGGUCCUCCUCUUGGCGUACUCUGGAAAGGGAUACUAUGGCAUGCAGAGAAAUCCUGGGACGUCUCAGUUUAGGACCAUCGAAGAUGAUCUGGUCACCGCACUAGUUAAAUCUGGUUGCAUUCCUGAAAACCACGCUGAUGACAUGAAGAAGAUGUCUUUCCAAAGAUGUGCCAGAACAGAUAAGGGUGUGUCUGCUGCUGGCCAAGUAGUGUCUCUCAAGGUGCGACUGAUUGAAGACAUCAUCGAAAAAAUCAAUGAGCAUCUGCCACCACAGAUCAGAGUGCUUGGUUUUAAACGAGUGACCCAGGGUUUCAAUUCCAAAAACAACUGUGAUGCUCGUACAUACUCCUAUAUGCUUCCAACAGUGGCCUUUUCCCCUAAAGACUAUGAUACAGGGAAUAUAGCUGCCUUUCGCUUAGAUUCAGAGACACUUCAGAAGGUAAACCGUCUGUUUGCUUUCUACAAAGGCACCCAUAACUUCCACAACUUCACCUCCCAGAAGGCUCCAAAUGACCCCAGUGCCCGCCGCUACAUCACAGAGAUGUCCUGUGGAGAGCCUUUUAUCUGCAGCAAUUCUGAGUUUGCAGUGAUCACUGUGCGAGGCCAGAGCUUUAUGCUGCACCAAAUCCGCAAGAUGAUCGGCCUGGUGAUUGCGGUGGUAAAGGGCUAUGCGAAGGAGGAGGUGAUUCAGCGGAGCUGGGGACAGGAGAAGGUGGAUGUGCCCAAAGCUCCAGGCCUGGGGUUGGUCCUGGAAAGGGUUCACUUUGACCGGUACAACAAACGCUUUGGAGGGGAUGGGCUGCACGAGCGCCUGGAAUGGGACCGUGAGGAAGAGGCAAUCAAGGCCUUUAAGGAAGCUCACAUCUACCCUACCAUUGUUGAGACAGAGUGUCAGGAGGGUUCCAUGGUCAGCUGGAUGUCCACACUUCCUAUCCACGACUUUGAAGCCACAGCGACUGGAACACAAGACAACAAGGAUCAGAAACAGGAUAAUGCAGAUGGAGGAAAUGACUCAGAUUAAUUCACACUGCCUGCUGAAAGAAGAGACAUUUUCUCAUCAGUCUCCUUAUUUUGCUGAGAACUGGCUUCCUUUUUAGGUCUAAAACUAUAUCUUCCAAACUUUACUUUUUUUAUUAGUGGGUUUAAAUUCUGUUUCUCUUAUACAAAUGUCAUUAAACAUAAACAACAAGAUAA